UCACGCAAUUGGAGCAAGUUUCCUUCUUCUCUCUCAAAGCUAAGAACAAAGAGCCCAGAAGAAGAAGAAGGAGCAAGAAGAAGAGGAAAGCUCAGAGGCUUCUUCUGUAUUAUUGUUAUUUUCUUAUUAAUUAAGUUUAGAGAAAAAGAAGCGGGAUGGCGAACUACGACUUGACGCCCAGAAUCGCUCCCAAUCUGGACAGGCAUUUGGUUUUUCCAUUGCUUGAGUUCUUGCAAGAGAGGCAGCUUUACCCUGAUCAAGAUAUCUUGAGGGCUAAGCUAGAGCUGCUUAACCAGACCAAUAUGGUUGAUUAUGCCAUGGAUAUUCACAGGGCCUUUUACCAUACAGAAGAUGUACCCCAAGAUAUGGUGGACAGGAGAGCUGAGGUUGUCGCUAGAUUGAAAGCAUUGGAGGAGGGAGCAUCUCCUUUGGUUAGUUUUUUGCAGAAUGAAAACGCAUAUCAGGAGUUAAGGGCUGAAAAGCAGUAUAAUCUCCAGAUGCUCAAUGAACGGUACCAGAUUGGUCCAGAACAAAUAGAGGCAUUGUAUCAGUAUGCCAAGUUUCAGUUUGAAUGUGGAAACUACUCUGGUGCUGCUGAUUAUCUGUAUCUGUACAGGACGUUGUGCACAAACAGUGAAAGAAGCCUUAGUGCAUUAUGGGGGAAGUUAGCGGCUGAAAUCCUCAUGCAGAAUUGGGACAUUGCACUUGAGGAACUUAACCGUGUGAAGGAAAUCAUUGACUCAAAGAGUUUCUCAUCUCCUUUGAAUCAAGUUCAGAACAGAAUAUGGCUAAUGCACUGGAGUCUGUUCAUCUUCUUUAACCAUGACAAUGGGAGAACUCAGAUCAUUGACCUAUUUAAUCAGGACAAGUACUUAAAUGCCAUCCAAACAAGUGCUCCCCAUCUUUUACGUUAUCUGGCUACUGCAUUUGUUGUUAACAAAAGGAGAAGACCUCAAUUCAAAGAUUUUAUAAAGGUUAUUCAGCAAGAACAGUAUUCAUAUGAGGAUCCCAUUACAGAGUUUUUGGCAUGUGUAUACGUCAAAUAUGACUUUGAUGCAGCUCAACAAAAGAUGAGAGAGUGUGAAGAAGUUAUUCUAAAUGAUCCAUUCCUUGGUAAACGGGCUGAGGAAGGCAACUUUGCGUCAGUUCCACUGAGAGAUGAGUUUCUUGAAAAUGCACGGCUUUUUAUCUUUGAGACCUACUGCCGUAUUCAUCAGCGGAUUGACAUGGGAGUACUUGCUGAGAAGCUAAAUUUGAACUAUGAGGAAGCGGAGAGAUGGAUAGUGAAUCUUAUUAGAACCUCGAAACUUGAUGCCAAGAUUGAUUCCAAGACAGGAACCGUUCUGAUGGAACCAAACCAGCCUAAUGUGUAUGAGCAGCUCAUUGACCAUACCAAAGCUCUUUCCGGGCGUACUUACAAGUUAGUCAGUCAACUUUUGGAACACGCUCAAACACAGCAGGCAGCUCGCUGAGCCUUGUCUAAAUUUCUGAUACAUUUGAGUUCAUUCUUGUUAGCUGCUGAGUUUUGGAUGUUGUUGAAAUGCUUAAUGUAUCCAAUGUCCUUUCUUUCCUUAAAAGGCAGUUGGAAGUUCGUAAACCCUGUGUAACUGCUUCCGGUUAUUAGUCACAACUACUCGCAAUAUACAUCCUUAAUUAAAAUUGUCACAACUGGAAUUUUUCAAAUUUGAUGUUGGUACCAUUCAAUCAAUUAAUGUCUAAAGUCCUCGUGUUCCCCUA